CCGACGCCGACUGAGGGACAGAGCUCGAGUGUUGUUUUGAAUUUACGAUAAGACACCGAUCGGACGGGGGGCUCGGGCCUAUGGAUAAGAUGGCGGAUGUAGAAGACGAUGAAACUCAGUCGGCUCCCUCUCCGGCAUCCCGUAACGGCCCGGCUGUCGGCUCGUCUGCGGACCAGAACACAGCGACCGUGACUGUUACGUCAGGUCCGCGGAUGGUGAGGAUAGUCAAGUCGGAGUCCGGCUACGGGUUCAACGUUCGCGGUCAAGUGAGCGAAGGAGGGCAGCUCCGCAGCAUCAACGGGGAGCUGUACGCGCCCCUGCAGCAUGUCAGCGCCGUGCUGCCCGGCGGAGCGGCGGACCGAGCCGGGAUAGCGAAGGGGGACCGGAUCCUGGAAGUCAAUGGGGUGAGCGUGGAAGGUGCCACCCAUAAGCAGGUGGUGGACCUCAUCCGUGCGGGGGAGAAGGAGCUGGUGCUGGCUGUGCUGUCGGUUCCAGCUCAGGAGGCGGAUGGAUUGGAAGCAGGAGAUGAUAUCCAACCCAACUUCGACUACAGCGACAAGCAGGCGGUGCCCAUCUCCAUUCCCACGUACAAACAUGUGGAGCAGCACUCCGAGAGGUUUGUGGUCUACAACGUGUACAUGUCAGGGCGACAGCUGUGCUCCAAGCGCUACCGGGAGUUUGCCAUCCUGCACCAGAACCUGAAGAGGGAGUAUUCUAACUUCAACUUCCCGAAGCUUCCCGGUAAAUGGCCGUUCUCCCUCUCCGAACAGCAGCUGGAUGCUCGCCGGAGAGGCAUGGAGGAAUAUCUAGAGCGAGUUUGCUCUGUGCGGGUGCUCGGCGAGAGUGACAUCAUGCAGGAGUUUCUCUCUGAAUCAGAUGAGAACUACAACGGCGUGACGGAUGUGGAGCUGCGGAUAGCCCUGCCAGACAAGACGACCAUCUCGGUCAGAGUACGCAAGAACUGCACCACAGAUCAGGUGUACCAGGCGUUGGUGAUGAAGGUUGGGAUGGACAGUAUGAUGGCGAGCUACUUUGCCCUUUUUGAAGUCAUCAACCACUCCUUCGUGCGGAAGCUGGUUCCUAAUGAGUUCCCCCACAAGCUCUAUGUGCAGAACUACACGUCAGCAGUGCCGGGGACUUGCUUGGCGCUCCGCAAAUGGUUGUUCAGCUUCCAGGAGGAGGAGCUACUCAGAGACAACCCGCUGGCACUGCACUACUGCUUUCACCAGGCACUGGAAGAUGUGAAGAAGGGAUUCAUAAAAACGGAGGACAAAUCCUACCAGCUGCAGAAACUGGCAGAGCAGCGCAAGAUGGCCACGUACCUGAGUCUGUUGCGGACAUGUGAGGGCUACAACGAGGUGGCCUUCCCCCACUGCUCCUGUGACUCCAGGAGGAAAGGACACGUCAUCACGGCCAUCAGCAUCCAUCACUUCAAGCUGCACGCGUGCACCGAGGACGGCACGCUGGAGAACCAGGUGAUAGCGUUUGAGUGGGCGGAGAUGCAGCGCUGGGACACGGAUGAGGAGGGGAUGGCGUUCUGCUUCGAAUACGCCAGAGGAGAGAAGAAACCUCGCUGGGUCAAGAUCUUCACUCCAUAUUUUAACUACAUGCACGAGUGCUUUGAGCGGGUCUUUUGUGAGCUGAAGUGGAGGAAGCAGGUUGAGGAAGAGGCAUCUGACAAAGACAACAAAAACUGCAGUAACAAUGACUAUCUGCCUCCUCUGGAGACCCAGCAGAAGGGAUGGCGCCACCUAGGGGGAGAGAUUGCAACUUCCUAAAAAAUCAUUUGUCGUCACUCGAACUAGAACUGGUCCACUCGCAUCAUCACAGCCACCCCAGAGCGCCCAUCGGCAAACACCGAACCGAGUGAAAGACUGAGGCGAUCCACGCCCCCCAACCCCCCGAAAAACACCCCCGAACCAGACCGGAAGUGGAAUAGCCCGACGGCAGCGACCCCGGGGGGCCGCGCGGCGGGAAGAGCAGCGAAGGGAAAUAAACACGCGCCAACUUCCAUGUCAUUCACUAGAUCUCCAUCGUCUGUUUUCCUCCAUCUGCCCUGUGGUGUGCGGCCGGACACGAGCAAAUUCUCGCCACUGGUUGAGAUGUAACACACACACACACACACACACACGUGUACAGUGUGUGACUGGCCAGGGCCAGCACAGCGCAAUGGGAGCCCCUCGAGGAAGAGCCAACAUGUGAGAUAGAGUCGUCCAACGCAUGGAAAUAUGAACGGAGGGAUACCGGAAAAAAACGGAUUCUCAGUUAUUGAUAAAGAAAGAAGAUUCCUGCUUUCACACCGAUGAUGGACAACGACGCGGGAAGUAUGUUUCCAUCCGUGAGGUCGGUCUUAGUCAGAAAACCUAAUCGACACAAAUGUAACUGAGAAAGUAUGUUGGGGUUCAUAAUUCUGUGUAUGUUUAUCUUCUGAAAAAAAAUAUAGAUUAAUAUAAGAGCUGUAAAAAAACAAAAACCUGUUUUCUUGAUCUAACACAACGAAACACCAACUGAACUGCAUUCAAGCCGCUCUAACAUCUCUAUCGUUCACCUUUUCGUUCGGGUCCAGCCGCCGACAGACAUUGACCUCGGCGGUCGGAGGUCCAUGUCGGGUCGUGCGCUCGUCCCCUCGCAAGUGUUCUCGUGUGGAGAUGUUGCAGAGCUUGCGAGAGAGGAAGAGGAGUUCUCAGUCGCGGUGACAUUGUGACUUCUGUUGAGCUGCAGUCCUGUGAGCGGGCAGCAGGGGGCAGCAGAGCGCAGCGCGGAGUGGAGGCUUUGAGAAAGAUAUUGAAACGCUCUGGCUUCUUACAGAGCGGUCCCUCAACCUCCCCACAAGUAUCACUCCGCUUCAGGUUGUCCAGUAACCAUGACAGGAAAACUGUGUGUGUGUGUCUAGAGUAGAUGGUGCAUAACGGUGUGUGUGACUGCAACCAGCAGACAUAGCAAUGCAGCUCGCUGCUGCCUCUUACUGCACCGACCUUGGUACAGUAUUAGCUGCGUGUAUUUGCACAUGAAAUAUGAUGACAUGACAAUUUACACAGAGUAUUUUGUGUUUUUAGAGCGGCACUUUUUGUUCUCCUUUUUGUAGUUUGAAACAUUUUGGUCUCACUUAAAUUGUAGAAAGCAGGUUUACACGCCUGUGGACAGAAGACAUCUUCUGUAUGAAGACGAUGUGCAUAAAUGCAAUAGAGUUUAGUUUAUUCUCUAACGGCGAGUCAUUGGAACUGAGAGUAACGCUGGUUUGUUUUGUAUUCACGCCGAGAGCACAAGUUCAAGUUCCACUUUAAUCAAAUAUACAUUUUUAUUAUUAUUUGUUUUUACAGUUGAGCUUAGUUUGGGGUUAAAUAAAAGGCUUAAUUCAUGUUGAGGUUCAUCCAUGAUUUGCUUUCAGCCAGUUACCUUGAAGAACACUUGUUUCUGUGUGUGUGUGUGUGUGUGUCCUCUGUGUUCAUUGACAUUGCUGAUGAGCUUUUGGGCUCUGAUUGGACGUGUCUGAUGAGCUGUUGGUGUGAGAGCCAGCAAAUGAAGAUGAGAUUUUGUAUCCGUACGACAGCAAAGACGCCAGACAGAUGGAGACAAAUGGGAGGCGUUCAGCACCGAACACACACACACACACAGCCCUGUUUCCAUGUUACUUAUUUGUCACCCUGUUGCCUCUUCAAGACAGGCAAUACAUGUGUGUGUGCCAUUCUCACACACACACAUCACGGAGAGCUGGAUGGUGAAACUGCGAUGUGCAGAUUGCUGGACGGUCACGUUGACGGCCAGAGUGAUGGCCAAUUUAAAGAUGGAUGACAUAAAAAUUUGAGCUGUUCAACCAUGAUGAUUUUGUUCUUUACAAUAUGUCGAGGGAGAGGCAGAGCGUGUGUGUGUGUGUGUGUGUGUGUGUGUGUGUGUGUGCUUUUCUGUCCUCUGCUCGUUCUCUCUCCAGGUUGGUCUCCCGUCAACUUAGGGGGAUGUGGUUGCCGUGGCAGCGCCAGGUUGGCUCAGCCUGGCCCGUCGGUCUGAUUCCUGUCAGUCAAACGACUCUCUGCCCCCGAUGUUGUGUUCAAGGCGCCGUUGUUUGAUGUGUGUUCUCUGUCCCCGUGGCUCAUGCUGCUGUGAAUAGGCUUUUAGGAAAGCUGCCGUUUUUGUUUUGUUUCUCUCUUUGUGUUUUCGGGUCGUCUCGUCAGCGCCAGCUGCCGUCUUCCACGCCGUCUCUCCGGCAGGUGGCUUGCUGUCGGUUGUCGUCCGUUUCUGCCAUCGGUGCGAUUAAAUGUCAUCGUACCAGUGUUUUUAGGUGAACGCCGAGCGAUGACGGGAAUGUUAAGAAGCACGUCUGUGUGUGGUCGGCCCGUGUUUGUUCGUCAGUGCCGUGUUAGUGUUUGAGAUGCUGGACAGCCGCGGACGAUUAUCUAGAAGAAGAAGAAGAGGGCUGAAGUCCACUCGGGGCUCGUGUGACGCUGCAGCAGACAUGGCGGCAGCAGAAUAAAAUAAGAAAAGAAGAACUUGUCCAUGCGUGGACAGCGCUUGAGGCUCAGGGAGUUGGCGUUCAUCACAACCGCCGCUGAAACGCUCGUCUGAAGGAUGCUGUUGCUAUAGCAACGCAUCAGGUUUCCAUGAGAUGCUGUGCGAGGUGUUUUAUUGUGAAACUCGACAGCAUUUCAGUCACGUAGUGCGUCAGUCUCAUCCGUGUCGACCUUCGGCGGCCCUGUGGCGGACGUGGAGGCGUACGUGCGGUUAGACGAGUGUUAGCCUUCGUGACGUUGAUUUCUGCUCAUUGCUCUGACGCACAGGGCGGGAGGCGGAGACUAAAGACCUGAGCCUCGCCGGUCGGUCUCCAGCAUCACCUGUACAUAGUUGUUUUGAAAAGAAGAAGAAGAGAAUAUCUCUUGGACAAAAUGCACUCUUGUUUCUCCAACUCAAAACUUUUAUUUAUUUAAACCGAAAUUCUAAAGAUUGGGGAAAUGAUGGUGUAGGAAGCUCGAGCCACCGGCGAUCAUUAAUUUUGUGCGUGUGUGUGUGUGGGGGGGUGUACUAAAAGAAACAAGAGAGGCAGCAUCUAAAACGGCAUCGAUUAACACCUGAUGCUGAACUAGGCUACUAAAUGGAGAGUUUUAUAUCUAAAAAAAACAACACAUGAAGGUUUACUAACCAAUAUUAGAAAAAGGGAGAAAAAAAGUUUGAAAAUGUUGUGUAGAGUAAUAAAUUGUAACAAUAUUUUAAAUAAAGUUAUAUAUUGGGAACAAA